AUGGGCGUGAUCUCGAUCCGAUUCGUGAGGAAGACCGCGCCCAAGGUCGCGACGUACAAGGCGUAUUUUGGCGCCAGUGGCUCCAACGGGUUUUUUGUAGCGGUGUGCAUCGGUGUCUUCUCUACGGUCUCACAAGCGGUGUUGGUGCUGACCGACGGGUUCAUGAGCUACUGGGCGAACCACACAGAGAUGACGGCUUCCGUCUCGUCCGGGUACAUUUACCUCGGGUGUGCGCUGCUCUCAGCGCUCUUGGUCUACGGUCGGUCGCUACACGUGCUUCAGAUUGCCGUCCAGUGCUCGCAGUCGCUGCAUGCGAUGCUUCUGCGCAAGGUCCUUCACGCGCCCAUCAGCACCUUCUUUGACGUCACGCCCAUCGGCCGUAUUCUCAACCGGUUCUCGAACGACUUGGAUCAAAUCGACUCGCAGCUGCCAAGCUUUGGUCUUCUCGUGCUCCAGUUCCUCUUUCAGAUCCUCGCGAUCCUCGUCGUGUGCGCUCUCUCGACGCCGCUCGUGAUGCCCGACCACACCGGAUCACUCAAAGUCCUGGCAGUGAUGACAACUUCAACAUCAUAUCAGUCGACGGGAUUGCCGUUGUGAUGUACUGUACCUUGGCUACUUUCUGUUGGCACGAGUAUGCACGAACCAAUCCGUUUGGCCUCGAUAGGAAAUCGGUGAAC